AUGAGCAACAGCUCCAACUGCAGCGAGACAGACCUCAAGCCCUACUACGCCGUCACCUACACGGUGAUCCUGAUCCCCGGGCUCAUCGGGAACACCCUGGCCUUGUGGGUCUUCUAUGGCUACAUGAAGGAGACUAAAAGGGCCGUGAUAUUUAUGAUCAAUUUAGCCAUUGCUGACUUAUCACAGGUGCUGUCCUUGCCCCUGAGGAUUUUUUACUACCUGACGGGCACGUGGGAGUUCGGAGGAGGUCUCUGCAUGUUCUGCUUCUACCUGAAGUACGUCAAUAUGUACGCCAGCAUCUACUUCUUGGUGUGCAUCAGCGUGAGGAGGUACCUGUUCCUCAUGCACCCCUUCAAAUUCAGUGACUGCAGGCGUGUCUGUGAUGUCUACAUCAGCAUCGUGGGCUGGGUCCUGGUCUGUGUGGGUUGCCUGCCCUUCCCGCUCCUCAGGAUGCAGCACCAGGAGGAUAAAAACUCCUGUUUUGUGGAUCUUCCCAUCAAGAAACUCGACCUCCCCACCUCAAUCACGCUGAUGACCAUAGGGGAGUUGGUGGGGUUCGUGACCCCCCUGCUCAUCAUCCUGUACUGCUCCUGGAAGACAAUCUUAUCACUAAAAGAGAGGCACUCUGCUUCCCGGGACCUGGGCGAGAAGAAAAAGGCUUUAAAGAUGAUCCUCACCUGCGCCCUGGUGUUCCUGAUUUGCUUUGCACCUUAUCACAUCAGCUUCCCGCUGGAUUUCUUUGUGAAAACCGGGCAGAUCCAGGAGGGCUGCGUGCAGAUCUCGGUGUUCCACGCCGUGGCUUUGUGCCUCGCCAGCCUCAACUCCUGCGUGGAUCCCAUCAUCUACUACUUCACCACGGACGAGUUCAGGAGACGCCUCUCCAGGCAGGAUCUGCAGGACAGCAUCCAGCUCCAGCCCCUCAGCUACGGCAGGAAGCACUCCAGGGAUGUGCUUGGGGAGGACACCACGGAAUACUAG